GGUUCGCUGGUGGUGGUUAGUUGGCUUUUCGGUCACACACAAGUCUUAGCUUGCGAGGAUUGUUUACAAACACAAUAAACAAAAACAAUAAGAAAGCCAGAAAACUAGUAAAAAUUAUUAGCACGUCGCGCCAACUUUUGAUUUAUAGCGAUUCUUAGUUUGCAUUAUUUUCAAAAUUUUUAAAAUUUCGCUUGGCGUUGACAUUAGAAUUUCCAAGUGAACCAACCGCAGCCAGACGGCGUACAGUGAAAUGGGGGCGCAGGUACCCCAAAGUGGUGCGAACGCCGCGAGGCGAACGCUGUGGAGUGUCUCGAUGAUCUUCAAAGUCGUGGCAGUGCUACUGAUAUUGCAUACCACAUGUGGCACCUACCACACGGCAACGGCUAAGCAACUGAGCAAUGCCGAACUCAACAUCGACGACACCUUCGAUAUUGAUCAAUUUGAGGAAGCACCGGCCGCCAAUCCAAAAUUGUUGCUGGUGCGUAACGAACGCGACCUUGACAAUGAAUCACUGCUGGAGGACGAACUGCAACCGAUUGCGGCCGAAGAAGAUGCCGAUGCCGACGCCGACAGUGGCAGCUGGCUCGCAAAGGGCGUGAAACGUGUGCGUCGCGAACUGAGUCGGCUAUUCGGCAAAGCAGAAGACAAGUCCGCUGCCCACCGCCAUCACCGAGUCAGCGGAGGCACAAAAAAUAAGCACGUCAAGCACCCGAAGCACCAUAAGGCGCACGGUGGCGAUGACAAAAAGCAUCAUAACAAACACCAGCUCAACGGCAAACAUCGUGCACAUCGGUUGUUGCAGCGACAACGGCCGGAUAGCAACGAACACGAUAAUUUGGAGCAUCAAGGAAAGCAAAUAAAUAAACUAGCGAAAAAACACACGAAACGGCAAAGCGAUUACGAUGUUGAUGGUUCUGGUGAUGGCGACGAAGACUUUGUAGUUCCAGAUACGGAGCUAUGGCAUACGUUUUUUAUCAUUACCGAACCGUGGACCGAAGAUUUUUCCCGCGAAUCGAGUGAAAAAUUUUUGGAAUUACACCGCCAGCUGGAGAUCGCUUUUCGCGAUCUUUUCCAUGCCACGUUCAGCGAUGAAGAUUUUGAAAUAAAUCCAACAUUGAAAUCCAUAAGCCCUAGCAAUGAUAAAUUCAAAGUUUACGCCCUCGUUGAGCUGCAACUACCGAGAGGUAACACUGAUUUCAAAAAUGUCUUCGAAAGUCAAAUUACCCGCUACCAUCGUCUGGGUGGCUUAGGCGUCGAGGCUGACGAACGCUUUUAUUUCAAGCGUGAAGCCGAAGAUCUUGAAGAUGUCGUAUAUAAUCCAGCAAAAGAGUAUGAUGGUGAAGGCGGUAACGAAGUGCCUACUGGUUAUGAAUGCGAUCCAGAAGUCGGAUUUAGGUGUGCAGAUGGUUCGUCCAUUGCUUGUGAAAGUCUCUGUAAUAAUCAGUCAGAUUGCUUUGAUGGUGACGAUGAGGAAGAGGCAUUUUGUGAAGAACGUCAACGCAUUGAAAUGGAGGAAAGGAGACGCCAGCACGCUGAAGAAGAGGACAAAAAGAGGCGUGAACAAGAUGAAAAACGUCAACGAGCGGAGGCAGAACGUCGUCGCGUUGAAGAAGAAGAAGAAGAAGAAGCACGUCGUCGAGCUGAAGACGAGCAACGUCGCGCUGAUGAAGAUCGUCUGAGAGCUGAAGAAGAAGAAGCACGCCGUCAAGUUGAAGACGAGCAACGGCGUGCUGAAGAGGAACGCUUGAGAGCUGAAGAAGAAGUAGCACGUCGUCAAGCUGAGGAUGAGCAACGUCGCGCUGAAGAAGAACGCUUCAAGACUGAAGAAGAAGAAGCACAUCGUCAAGCUGAGGAAGAAGACAAAGCAAAUGAAUUGGCUGAAAGAGAAGAAGAGGAACGACGACAAGAGGAGGAGCAUCGUAGUCGAGGCGAAGAGGACGCUGACAAUAUCCCAUAUGAUACAUAUGCACCAUAUCCGGACGAAGAAAAUAACCUAUUUACACCAUAUCCAACUGAGGAGGACAACGAUGUGGAAUAUGAUGAAGAGACGCGUCGUCGUAAUGAGGAAGAACGUACACGCAUUGAACAGGAAGAAGAGGAUCGUCGCCUUGCUGAAGAGAAGCGUCAGCAAGAAGAAGACGAGCAUCGGCAAGCUGAAGAAAAGCGUCAACAAGAAGAAGAUGACCAUCGACGCGUACAAUAUGAAGAAUUUGAACGUCGCCGUGCCGAGGAAGAACACCAACGAGCUGCACAGGAAGAAGAAGAGUAUAGACGUGCUGAAGAAGAACGCAGACUGGCUGAUGAAGCAGAGGCACGUCGACGUGCAGAACAAGCAGAAGCUGAGCGUCGCCGUUACGAAUAUGAAGAAGAGCAGCGGAAUCGAGAAGACGCAGCAGGACGAGACCCUUACGAAGAACCCGAAGGACCCGAAACGCCCACUGAAGCGCCCGAAGUGUCCGAAACCAACGAGCCGGCAUAUAAUCCCAACUUCGACGAGGGUUCCGGCGAUGAUUAUGGCAUUUCAACCGACCGUUCGACAGUCUUCACGGCUGCCGGUUGCCGCGGUGAUGCCACAUACACGUGCUACAAGUCUGGUUCCCGCAUCUGCGACGAACAACGCUGUGACGAUCACGAAGACUGUCCCGACGGUGAGGACGAAGAAGACUGUGGUUUUAUUUCCGGCGGAUUCGAUGACAAAGAGGACGACGUUGGGGGCGAAGAUGAUAAUCAGGCUGGUGGAGGAGAAGAUGAUGGCGGCUAUGAACAUGUGUGCUCCGACUCCGAGUUCAAAUGUGACGGUCGCUGUUUACCGCUGGAGUAUUUCUGCAACGGUAGAGUGGAGUGCCUUGACGGCACCGACGAGCGGGACUGCCCUGAUACUAAACCAGAAGCCACAGUGUGCCAACCGGACGAGUACAGAUGUCGAGCUGGCAAUUGCAUUGACAGUGCCCGGCGCUGUAAUCGCGUGCCUGACUGCCCCGAUGGUGAUGAUGAGGACGCUAGCUGCCUAAUCGGUUGUCGCGAAGACGAGUACCUUUGCAAGGACGGCAUGCGCUGUAUUAGCAAUUCGAAGAUCUGCGAUCGUGUAACAGAUUGCAUAGACGCCGACGACGAGGAUGGAUGUGAAGGCAGUGGUGAGUCCGCAUGCCGAUACAACGAAUUCCAAUGCGGCAAUGGUCAGUGCAUACCGAUGCGUGAGUUGUGCGAUAAUAUCUAUGAUUGUGUAGAUUAUUCAGACGAAAGGGACUGCGACCUUGAGGACAUCGGACGCAAUAUCUUCGAUGAAGAUGAAAUAAUACGCGAAUACGCACCACACGACCACAGAGUUUUAACCACGGAAGCGCCUGUCCUGGAAGGUUUGGACGCCAAGGAGUACUACCUCUACAACUCGGGCCUCUAUGAAAAGUCGAACGCGCAGCACGCCUGCAACGAGCGACAAUUCGAGUGUGGCAACAAGGUCUGCAUACCUUUGCACCUGCGCUGUGACGGAUUUUACCACUGCAACGAUCUAACGGACGAGUACGGCUGUGAUCAAUACAGACCGGAGCCGCAGCGCACGACAUUGCCUCCGCCGAAGCUUGUGCGCACCACACACUCACCCUGGUGGAAUACCACUGCCGCCACAAGAACUACAACGACGACGACGACGAGCCGGGCCAGUACAACAACAACGGACGCAAAUAUUGUCACACCCGUAGUACCCAGCUACAACAAUAACACUUGCCUCGAAAAUCUUGAGUUCGCGUGCCGUAACGGCGAUUGCAUACCGAUCGAGAGCGUUUGCGAUGGCGCUGCCGAUUGCAGGCAGCGCGAAGACGAGGACUACAGUUUAUGCAACUGCAGCAGCGAUAAGUGGAAAUGUUUGCGCGGCGGCGGUUGCAUAGCCAAAACUCAAGUCUGCGACGGCAGGCGACAGUGCAAGGACGGCAGCGACGAGAGCAUUUGCCAACGAGCAACUGUGGCGGCAAAAAUCGAAUGUCCGAGACUGAAAUUCCUGUGUAACGGCACCUGCGUCGACUGGAGUCUGUAUUGCAAUGGCAAAAUUGACUGCGAUGAUGAGCAAGAUGAAAAGAACUGCGAUGGCACCGAACGUGAUAAGGAUGUAAUACAGUUAGUGUCGAAUAAGUCCUGCCACGCCUACCAGUGGCAGUGCGGCAACUACCAGUGUAUAAACAAAGAUUACCUGUGCGACGGGCACGCCGACUGCAUUGACGGAUCCGACGAGGCGCCCAGGCAAUGCAGCAAAAAUGUUGCUACGCGCCACACGCCGGAAGACUGCACGGCCGAUCAGUAUUUUUGCGACGACGAAUGCCAUCCGGACUCUAUACGUUGCAACAACAUUAGAGAGUGCACGGACGGCAGCGACGAGCUGAACUGUACACCAUAUCCGCCCACACGACCACGCCCAUUGCCCACCUACCCAUGCCCAAUGCACACUUGUCCGAACGGCAAAUGCUACUCGGAGAGUGAACGUUGCGAUGGCUCACGCGACUGCGACGAUGGCGCCGAUGAGGCAAAUUGUUGCGCUGCCAAUCAAUUCCGUUGUCGCAAUGGUGACUGUGUUUCCAGUAACGCCCAGUGCAAUGGUUAUCAGGACUGCCGCGACGGCUCGGACGAGGAGGACUGCUCUGAGCCCGCCUACGUUGUGCCCUGUACCGGUUCGCAGUUCCGCUGCAAUAAUGGACAGUGUAUAAAUGCGGCGGCGCGCUGUGAUGGCUACACCGAUUGCGCGGACAGCUCCGAUGAGAUUUCGUGCAAAGCUGUAGAUUUCCCAGCCUCAAAUCCAGAAUUGAACUUGAAGACAUACCCCGAGAGCCAGAUUAUCAAAGAAAGAUAUAUUAAGGAGGGUCGCGAGGUUAUCUUCCGUUGUCGGGACGAAGGUUCACUGCGCGCACGCGUCAAAUGGACACGCCCUGGUGGCCGUCCCCUACCGAUUGGCGCACGAGACAAUGGCGAUGGUCGUCUGGAAAUCCCCAACAUCCGCGUUGAAGACUCCGGCCCAUAUAUCUGCGAAGCUGCAGGCUACCCCCGUCAUGUCUCUGGACAACAAGUAACCGUACAUCUUACAGUGGAGAAAUUGAAUCCCGACAACGAACGUCCACCAACAGCUUGUCGCGCCUACCAGGCCACCUGCCGUGACAACCAAUGUAUCGAUAAGUCACAAAUUUGCGACGGUACUCCACACUGUGCGGACGGUUCCGAUGAGGAGAGCUGCAGUCACGGUCUUAAAUGCCAGCCCAAUCAGUUUAUGUGCCGCAACUCGCGCUGUAUUGACCGCAUCUGGCGCUGCGACGGCGAGGACGACUGCUUCGAUAAUUCAGAUGAGGACAGUUGCGACCCCGAGCCAAGUGGUGCACCAUGUCGCUACGACGAAUUCCAAUGUCGCAGCGGUCAUUGCAUUCCCAAAAACUUCCAGUGUGACGACACAAAUGAUUGUUUGGAUGGUAGCGAUGAAAUCGGCUGCAUGGGUCCUGCCGCAAUCCGUCCACCGCCUCCAAAUGUUCGUUUGGAAUCGGGCGAGGCCUUAAAUAUUACUUGUGUGGGCACCGGCGUACCAGUCCCACUUAUCGUCUGGCGCCUGAACUGGGGUCACGUCCCCGAUAAAUGUGUCACGAAGAAUUAUGGCGGCACAGCUACACUGUACUGCCCCAAUAUGGCAUCACAAGACCAAGGCGCGUACUCGUGCGAAAUUCUCAACCCGAAAGGCCGCGUUUUCGUUACACCUGAUACACAAGUAACAGUCAACACUCCGACAACCGCCGACGUCUGUCCAGCCGGCUUUUUCAACAUGCUCGCUCGCCGGCCCGAUGAAUGCAUCGACUGCUUCUGUUUUGGCAUAUCUAAGACUUGCAGGAGUGCCAAUCUUUUCAAUUUUGCUAUUCAACCAUCAAUUUCUUCACACAAGGUCAAGAACGUAGAAUUGAAUCCGUAUGGUGAUAUUAUCAUCAAUGAUGCACCAGUUCCCAAUAUCCUCAGUCGUCAUCAUGGUGUACAGUUCCGCGUAUCCGAUGUGGGAUAUAACAGCCGUGAACAGCCUUACUUGGCACUGCCUAACGAGUAUAUGGGCAACCAGUUGAAAUCUUAUGGUGGCUAUCUGCGCUAUGAGGUCAAUUAUAUGGGCAAUGGACGUGCCAACAAUGCACCUGAUGUUAUAAUAACUGGCAACGGUCUAACACUCACUCAACGCGUGCGUAAUCAACCGGAACCCAAUGUGAAGAACAAGAUUUCUGUACAAUUCAGUUCUGGUAAUUGGUACAAGACUGAUGGUCGUCGUGCAACUCGUGGUGAGGUCAUGAUGGUACUCGCUAAUGUGGACAACAUUCUCAUUCGUUUGAGCUACAUUGAUGCUACAGAACGUGAGGUUGAACUUACAAACAUAGUUAUGGACUCUGCUAGUCUUGAUGAUCAAGGCUUAGGCUCAGCUUCGUUGGUCGAGAAAUGCGUCUGUCCACCUGGCUACAUUGGUGACUCUUGCGAGACGUGUGCUCCUGGUUAUGUGCGUGAGAAAUAUGGUCCCUGGUUGGGUCGCUGCGUACCUUUUGUACCAGAGCCUUGCCAACCAGGUACCUAUGGCGAUCCCGCUCGUGGCAUACCAUGUCGCUCUUGCCCAUGUCCACAAACUGGUUCAAGCAACUUUGCCAGCGGUUGUCAGUUGAGUCCCGAUGGCGACGUAACUUGCAACUGUCUCGAGGGUUAUACUGGCCGACGCUGUGAGAUCUGCGCUGCUGGUUAUCAGGGCAAUCCGCUAAUUCCUGGCGGCAGCUGCCAUCCAAUUCCAGAGAGCACAUGCAACGCUGAGGGCACUUACUAUCCGCAUCCCAACGGUACAUGCGAAUGCAAGCCGCUAGUUGUCGGUCCACGUUGUGACACCUGUGCUCCCGAAUCCUUCCAUUUGAACAGCUUCACAUACACCGGUUGCAUUGAAUGCUUCUGCAGCGGUCUGACAAAGCAAUGUUCCAGCAGCAGCUGGUACCGUGAUCAAAUAUCUUCAAGCUUUGGACGUUCAGGCGCACCUCAUGGUUUCGAGUUGAUUCGCGACUACAAAGCCGCACAGCCAUCUAAAGUCAAUUUCCAACAAUAUAAUAGCGCUCUGACAUUCAACCAACAGUUGUCCCCCGAUCCACUGUAUUGGAGUCUACCUGCACCAUUCCUUGGUGACAAGAUUACCGCCUAUGGUGGCAAACUAUCGUAUAACCUCAGCUAUAACCCACUGCCAGGUGGACUUAUGUCCCGCAACACAGCACCCGAUGUUGUCAUCAGUGGUGAAGAUAUAACGAUUAUUCACUACCGUAAAGCCGGUGUGAACCCCAGCCAACCCAGCUCGUACUCAGUACCGAUCAUUGAAAGCGCCUGGCAACGUCCUGAUGGUCAAGUGGUCAAUCGUGAACACUUGUUGAUGGCACUUUCGAAAAUUGAUGCGAUCUAUAUCAAGGCCACCUACACUACCAGCACCAAAGACGGCCAACUGACGCAAGUUUCACUGGAUAUUGCUACGCAGAAUAAUAUCGGAACACCACGUGCCUACGAAGUGGAAGAAUGUCGCUGCCCAGUUGGCUAUAUUGGACUCUCUUGUGAGCGUUGUGCGCCUGGUUAUAAACGUCUCAGCGAAGGAGGUCUUUACUUAGGCGUUUGCAUCCCGUGUGAAUGUAAUGGCCACUCAGACCAAUGCGACGCUGAGACCGGCACAUGUAUCAACUGCGAACACAAUACCGCUGGUGAAUUCUGCGAUCGCUGUGCUCCAGGUUAUGUUGGCAAUGCUUCCGGUGGUACACCAAAUGACUGCUCGCCCGAUUAUGAUGAACCCUACCCACCACCGGCUCCGGGCAAUCAAACAAUUGAAUGUGCCUACUGCAACCGCGAUGGUACUGCCUCCUGCAGUGGUAACUAUUGCGCCUGCAAGCCCAAUGUAGUUGGCCCAUAUUGUAGUGAGUGUCGACCGGGCACUUAUGGCCUAUCCGAGCGCAAUCCCGAUGGCUGUGAGGAGUGUUAUUGUUCUGGCAAGAGCACAAAAUGCAGCUCUGCUGUAUUAUACCGCCAACUUAUACCUGUCGAUUUCAUCCUCUUCAAACCGCUGCUCACAGACGAAGAAGGAAGCAUAGUUGAUGAAGAGAAUCUAAGCUUUGACAUACCUACAAACAUGUUCACUUACAACUACAAUUCGUAUACACAAAAGUACUGGAGCAUACGCGGCUCAGUAUUGGGCAACCAGCUGUACUCAUAUGGCGGACAUCUAUCGUAUAGGCUGGAUGUGGACAGUUACGGCAACAGUGUACCCGGCAGUGAUGUUAUACUCAUUGGUAAUGGUAUGAAAUUGGUCUGGUCCAGACCACGUGAGGAGCAAGAUAGUAGUGAAUACCGUGUACGCUUGCACGAAGAUGAAAAUUGGCAACGAAAGGAGUUCGGUCGCUCUGUAAAUGCCGGACGUUUGGACUUCAUGAGCGUGCUAUCCAACUUGGAACACAUUCUUAUACGCGCCACACCCAAGAUACCAACCACACGCACAAGCAUACGCGAUGUAAUACUUGAGUCGGCCGGCGAGCAUCGCACACCCGAUGCUCAACAAGCCAUCGAAGUGGAAGUCUGCACCUGCCCAGCUGGCUACUCGGGCACCUCCUGCGAGAAGUGCGAACCACUGCAUUACAAAGACAACUAUGGCAGCUGCGUCGCCUGCCCUUGUCGCGAAGACACCACCGACUCCUGCUACCUACAAGACAGCGAAGUGACCUGCAGAUGCAAGCCGGGUUACUCCGGUCAACAAUGUCAGAUAGAUGAUGGCUACGCUCGACCGGAACCGCCGAGGCCAGUGCCCACACCGCUGCCAGAUUACCAAACACAGAUUACCGUCUCGAUUGCACCGCCUGAAAUCACCAUCAUACCGAUCGGUGGCUCACUAACUUUGAGCUGCACCGGUCGUAUGGCUUGGAAUGGCGUGCCCGUGUUCGUGUCAUGGUCCAAGCUGGGCGAUCGUCUGCCGAUCGGCGCCGAAGAAGAUGGUGGCGUUUUGCGCUUAUACAAUUUAGAAAUACACGACUCCGGUGUGUAUGUCUGCCGUGCAGUGAAUAACGAGACGAACCGCGUUUUUGAAGACCGAAUUUCCAUAACCAUAACGGAGCAAUCACAGCGCACGCCAUCACAAAUCGUCAACCUGCCGCAAGUGGUCACAUUCGAGGAAUACCAACGCAAUGAAAUCUACUGCGAAGUGAGUGGUCAUCCAACCCCAACAGUCACAUGGACCCGUGUCGAAGGCCAAAUGUCUCUGGAAGCACGCACAGAAGAUACCCGUCUCAUCUUCGAAGCACCACGCAAAUCUGACGAAGGCCGCUACCGCUGUCGGGCCUCCAACGAAAACGGCAUCGAUGAGAAGUAUACACAGGUUUAUGUGCGCGUCGCGCCACCCGUAGCACCACCACCGCCCCGCGAACUUAUUUACAUCGACCCGCCAUCAUUCACCGGCGAGUCGGGACAGCCAGUACGUCUCACCUGCCAACCGACUACCUCUAUCUCGCUCAUCUAUGAGUGGAACAAAGAUGGUUAUCCACUGUAUCGUCAACGUAAUGUCAUCAUCAGCGGAAACACCAUUGAAAUACGUGACUCCACGCCACGUGAUUCCGGUCUCUACACUUGCAUCGGCAUUGAUUUGCGCGGUCGACGCAAUUACACAAAUGACGCACAGGUAUUGAUCGAAGACAGUGGCUACCCAGCACCGGGACCGGGACCCUAUCCAGGACCACUGCCGGGCACUAUCGAGCCGGCUGUAAAACACUUGCCCGAACAGAACCGCAUCAUACAAGGACAAGAUUUCUCUAUCACCUGCGAGGCCACCGGUUCGCCCUACCCCAGCAUCAAAUGGACCAAGGUUCACGAGGCACUUGCUGACAAUGUGCAACAAACCGGCAACGUUCUGCGCAUCAUUAAUGCGCGUCCUGAGAACCGCGGCAUGUACUUGUGUAUUGCCGAGAGUAUUGCAGGCUCUGAUGAAUCAAACACUAUUAUCGACGUUGAACCACGUGAAAGCCCAACCGUAGACGUACACCCGCCCGGUCCCCAAUCAGUUACUGUGGGCACUGAGGCUAUGCUUUACUGCAGUGGAACUGGUAUUCCCGAUCCUAGUGUACAGUGGCGUCGCGUUGACGGCAAACCCUUGUCACCGCGCUGCCAGGAAAUCAGCCCCGGCUACAUAAUGAUCCGUGAAAUUCAAUUGGAAGACUCCGGCGAUUACGAAUGUAUUGCACAGAACGAUGUGGGACGUGUGACAGUGGUGCAGAAGGUGAUCGUUAUGUUGCCACCCGUAAUCACACUUGAGCCGAAUGACGAAUACUUGAGCUUAACUGAAGGUGAUGAACUCAAGGUGAUCUGCACGGCUACUGGUGUACCCAGCCCCAUAGUACAGUGGGUGGAUGAUACCACAGAAUUCAACCGCGGUUUGCCACCCACACACAACCAAGUCUUCUUGGAGAAGUACCGUGUAGAUCGAAACGACGCCAAGACAUACAAGUGCAUAGCGAGCAACGAAGCUGGCACCGCUGAGAGCUCUGUGACAGUAGAAGUACGACCACGCCGCGGCGAUGUGCCACACGAUGGCGAUGUGAUACGUAAUCCUUAUCCAAUUUACCCACGCCCGCCACAGUAUGACCCACCACAGAAUGUGUAUCGCGCCAACAAGGGUGAAGCCGUAAGGCUAACUUGCGACCUCGGUCCUGAAUUGAUGACAAGUUGGCAACGAGAAGAUGGCCGUCCAUUGCCACCAAACUCGUACUUGGAACAAAGCAGCCUGAUCAUUACAGCAGUGGAGGAACAAAACAGCGGCAAAUAUAUCUGCAAUGCGAUAGACAACCGUGGCUCCAUUGUAUCGUUCGUUAUUGCUGAACUGGUCUUAGUGCCUAUUCCUCAGAUCACCUUCCAUCCGAACAUACCAAUUGUGGUAACUGUUAAUGACAACAUCGACGUCUACUGCGAAGUAACUGGCGAACAGCCCAUCGAAGUGUCCUGGCACACUGACCACAAUCGCCCCUUGACAGACACUGCACGUAUCGAAGGACAGUACCUGCGCUUCAACGGUAUUACGCCAGCUGACGCAGGUCGCUACUAUUGCUCGGCUUCCAACCGCUACGGUAACACCACGAAAAUGGCCGAGGUUACCGUUAACCGCCGCGGUCCCUACUUACCAUCGCCACGUGCGCAGACUUACAACAUACGCGAGGGUGACGACGUAACACUGGAUUGUGAUGUGCAAUCCGUUCGCGAAACGUUACGCGGCGAAAUCAGAUACGAAUGGCAUCGCGAAGACGGUCGACCACUGCCACGCAACGCUUUGGUACGCGAUCAACGACUCUAUCUGCGCGGUGUACAAAAGCCGGACGAAGGCCGCUACGUUUGCGAGUCCUAUUCGACAGGAGGCAGUCGCUCAGCACCGUCGUUUGUAGAUCUGAUUAUCAAGCGAGGCUACAGCAUAAGUGAGGUCCCUUGCGUCGUAUUCUAUAUCUGUACAGCAGCGGCAGUGCCAACACUUCGUUUGCCCGCAAUACCACAAGCAUUACCGGAGCUUUCCACCCCACCUCCACUACAGCAGACCUUCCCACGUGACCGCAGUCUAAAGCUAGAUCAACAGUCAUCACAAUUGCGCAUCGGCGAGUCGACGGAGGUCGAGUGUUAUUCCUCGGACAGCAGUUACACGGAUGUCGUAUGGGAACGUGCCGAUGGCUCGCCACUACCACUAAACAUACAGCAAAUCGGUAAUCGGCUCGUCAUCUCUCAUGUCUCCGCUUCCGACGCUGGUGACUACCGCUGCAAGUGCAAGACAGACGAGGGCGAGCUGUACACCACCAGCUACACGCUCGGCAUCGAGGAGUGGCCGCACGAAUGGAAACGUCCGAAGUUGGUACAUGCCAAUGUCGGUUCAUCUGCCCAGCUGAACUGUGAUGCGGAAGUGCCGGGCAGUUACCGUUGGUCACGCCAAUACGGUCAAAUGCAAGGUGAUCGCGAUCUGUACAACGAGCGCCUGGAAUUACAAGAUGUGCAGGCAAAUGAUGCCGGCACCUACAUUUGCACAUCAAGCACUCCAGAUGGACAGUCCGUGGAUUAUCCCAUCAUCUUAGUAGUAACCGGCGCGAUUCCGCGUUUCCAUCAGGAACCCGUCAGCUACAUGUCUUUCCCCACAUUGCCCGAGUCAUAUAUCAAAUUCAACUUUGACAUUACAUUCCGCCCCGAGCAGCCCAACGGUCUGUUGCUGUUCAACGGUCAGAAGCGUGGUAGCGGCGACUACAUUUCACUGUCGCUGAAGGAUCGCUAUCCUGAAUUCCGUUUCGACUUCGACGGCAAACCAAUGGUCAUACGCUCCGAGCGUCCAGUUUCACUCAAUGAGUGGCACACAGUGCGCGUGAAUCGUUUCCGUCGUGAUGGCUACAUACAGGUUGACGAUCAGCACCCAGUCGCUUUCCCCACACUUGCGCAAAUCUCGCCAUUAGAUCUCAUCGAAGAUUUGUACAUCGGCGGUGUGCCUAACUGGGACAUGCUGCCACAUGAUGCAGUCGAUCAGCAAGCUGGCUUCGUGGGCUGCAUCAGUCGCCUUACUCUACAAGGAACUAUCGUUGAGUUGAUGAAGGAAGCGAAACUGAAGGAGGGUAUCACCGCCUGCCGUCCAUGCCAACAAAAUCCUUGCGAGAAUGGCGGAAUCUGCCUUGAGAGUCAAACAGAAGUGGCGUACACCUGCAUCUGUCAACAGGGCUGGACCGGACAUAACUGUGGCGUCGAAGGCACACAAUGUACCCCAGGUAUUUGUGGCAGCGGACGUUGUGAAAAUACCGAAACCGGCAUGGAAUGCCUCUGUCCGCUGAACAAGACUGGCGAUCGUUGCCAGUAUAUUGAACAUUUGAAUGAGAACAGCUUGGCGUUCAAGCUUAACAGCUAUGCUGCCUAUCCGACACCACGGGCCUCCAAACUGAAUGUGAAAUUGAAGGUGAGACCUAAUUCCUUACAUGACGCAGUCCUGCUCUACGCCGCCGAAUCUAAACUCCCCAGCGGCGACUUCAUUGCUGUACUGCUGCGCGACAAACACGUGGAACUGAUUAUCAACACCGGCGCGCGUCUAAACCCUGUUCUGGUGCGAUCACAGAAUCCGUUACCAGUUAACAAAUGGACCGAAAUUGAGAUAUCACGUCGCUUCGGCGAAGGCAUCCUACGUGUUGGCAACGAACCAGAGCAGCGAGCCAAGGCAACGAAGUUGGCGCGCAUGUUGUACAUAAAAACACCGCUGUACGUGGGCGGCUAUGAUCACGAAAACGUCAAACUAAACCGAGACGUGAACAUUACGCAAGGCUUUGAUGGCUGCAUCUCAGGCUUGUUCGAGGGUCAACGGCAAAUCCACCUGAUUGCCGAUGUUAUCGAUGCAGCCAACAUCCAGAACUGUGGCGAAAUCAACGAGAUCGAUCAAAAUGAGUCCUUCGACAACUUCGAACAGGAUGCCACUAAACUCCAGCCAGCGACGGGCACAGAGAGCAAAGCACGAAGUGAGAAAGUAGACCAAUUAGUAGAUGCCUGCGCCAGCGACCCGUGCGAAAAUGGCGGAAGCUGCAGUGUGCACGACAGCGAAGCCGUUUGUUCGUGUCCAGUUGGUUUCACCGGCAUGCACUGUGAAGAACACAUAAGCCUCGUAUAUGACGCCAACUUCCAUGGCAACGGCUAUCUGGAGAUCAACCGUGAUCAGUUCAACUCGGACGUCGAACAAAAAUACUCAUUCGCAGCGAUGGUAUUCUCCACAACCGAUCCCAAUGGCCUUCUGCUUUGGUGGGGCCAAAAGAAAGAUGAGGAAUAUACCGGACAAGACUUCAUGGCGUUAGCCAUAGUUGAUGGCACCGUUGAAUUCUCAUUCCGUCUCAACGGCGAGGAAACCGUCAUACGCAAUCCAGACAAGCGCAUCGACGAUGGCGGCCGCCACAUUGUUUUGAUUAAGCGAACGGACAACACUGCCGUACUCGAGUUGGAUCACCUGUUGGAUGCGGGCGAAACACGUCCGACCGGCAAGGAUCAAAUGAACCUACCGGGACAUGUGUUCAUUGGUGGCACGCCGGACGUAGCCAAAUUCACUGGCGGCCGCUACACCAAGAACUUCAACGGUUGCGUGCGCGUCGUGGAGGGUGAAGCGCGAGGCAUCAUACAAUUAGGCACUGCGGCCAUCAGCGGCCAAAAUGUCGAUACGUGUUCGCACAGUUGGAAUCCGUCUAGUUUGGUUUACCACGAAAUCGACUUUAUAGACGCGCGCUUUGAUCCGUCGCUCUUCGACGAGUUCGACCAACCGCCACCGGUGCACAUACUCUACCCGCGCCCCACCAAUAAUCCAUACUACCGCAACAGUGCACCGAACGCCUACUCCCAGACGAACAGUUUGCACUUGGAGUGCAUCGUGCGGUGGAACGUCGUUUCGCUGCGCUGCUGCUGCUUGCCGCUAACCCUGACUAUCACUCUGCUGGCGUAUGUACACUCGUGUGCGCAAAAUGUGUUGCCGCGCGGCAGUUUGCAGGCGCAGCGGCAGUACACACUUGGGAGUGGCUUGAAAUAACGCCUUGAGCAUGGUUGCUUAGACCUGGAAAUACUCGCUGAUGCCUAUGCGCGACUACUCGUAUAACAGUAAAGACUGCAGUUAAUAAUUCAAAAAUGGCGGCGGUGAUGAGCUUGCAUCGAUUUAGAUCUUUAAGAAAGCAUUUAUAAUGUCUGAGAGUUAAAUUCAAUGUGGUUUAUAUGUGCGCUUCUGUGGCUAGCCGAGACUAAAUGCUAAAUAUAAACGUGUGUGGGGAAUUUGUGCCUAAAUAGCGAAUAGAGCGAGCGGAUCGAAUAUUUAGUUCAAGGCCUUGAGUUGGUCAAAACUCUAUGUGCAUGCAUACAUACAUAUACAGUAUACAUAAUACUUAUCUGCCAUUAUGCUAAAAGCUAAUUUAGGAAUAGAUAAGGAUUAUAAACGAUUCGAGACGCAAGGAGAGAGUGCGUGUCCUAAGAUUAUAUGUGUGAAAGAGUUAGUUAGCUAAUGUUUGCGCAAAUGGAUAUUCAUAGUGAUAUAUUGUACAUACAAACAUACAUACAUACAUAUACAAAUAUAAAAUAUAGUAUAUAAAAUAUAGCAUAUAGUGUGAACUAAACUGUUGCAUUAUACCAUCUAUAAAUACUCAAAUAUGCGAUUAUUAGCAAAAAUUAUGUAUGUGCUAAAGGUUUCUAUGAACAAAUUAUGAAUUAUAUUCAAAAAUAACUACAGCAAUUUGUAAAAAUAUUAAAUUAUUAAAAUUCGUCUCACAACUAAAACUAUGGCUGAUACAAUACGUUUUGAAUGGAACUAAAAUUUUAAUACUGGGUAGUCGAAAAAGCGUUUUCGUAUUUCUUGGCAUUCUUGGCAUAUGGUAUGACACAAUGUGAUUGAUAGCACUGGAGAUAAACGACUGCAACAACUUCUAUUGGCAAAAUACGAAAAGACUUUUUCGACUACCCAAUAUAAAAUGUGAAAAUAUUUGGAUUUAUUUUAUUUUUUUAAUUUUUUUUGUUAAAUUGAAAAAUAAUUUCUUCACUUCAGAUUUUUUUAAGACAUAAAUUCUAUUUCUGUUUAACUUAAAAAUAUUUUCUCACCACUGUUUCGAUUUCUAU